AUUAGCAGCUGCGAUUUCCAAUGUGAAUGCGGAAGUAGUCAGCACUAAGGGAGAUGGAAGCCCCGGUGGUAGAGCGAUCGGAUAGAGAGGAUGGAGAAGAGCAAUUCCAUGAAUGCGUGGAGGCCGCGGAAGCCCAAGCGCCGUGCAGGGAAAAUGCUGCCGGCAUUACCGGGGGUGAGUUGGGCCAUAAAGAUCCGGUAGAGCCCGAGGAAGAUCUCACUGGCGAAACUGGUGCAGAAUCCGUUGAGGAACUCGAGGAGGAUGUGCUGCUGGAGCAGGAGAAGGAGCUGAGUGAGGAGGAGAAAGAGGAAAGAAGAAAAGAAAGCAGCCGUUUGAAAGAAGAAGGUAAUCAGCUGUUUAAGAACGGAGAUUACGUUGCAGCUGAGAACGUUUACACUCAGGCACUUCAGACGUGUCCGGCAAAUUACCAGAAAGACAGAGCCGUCCUCUUUUCAAACAGAGCUGCUGCUAGGAUGAAACAGGACAAGAAUGAUGUUGCGCUGAAAGACUGCACUAGAGCAGUUGAACUAAAUCCUGAUUAUAUCCGAGCUCUACUAAGGAGGGCCGAGUUAUACGAAAAAAACGAUAAACUGGAUGAAGCGUUGGCCGAUUAUAAGACUGUUAUGGAAAGAGACCCAUCCUGUUCUCAAGCCAGAGGAGCUUGCCUGCGGUUGCCCAAGCAAAUCGAAGAAAGAAACGAAAAAUUAAAAGAAGAAAUGUUUAGUAAAUUAAAAGAUUUGGGGAACCUGGUCCUUAGGCCUUUUGGAUUGUCAACAGAAAACUUUCAAGUCAAACAGGACUCAGCAACCGGCUCUUACUCCGUCAACUUUGUGCAGAAUCCCAACAACAACAGAUGAUGGCGGAGAGAUCCAGCGCGUUAUAUCGGCCUUCUGCAAGCAGUGCCAGACUCCAUUACUCUGCUCCAAGUCGCCUGCCGUCAGAUCUUCGACCCUUUAAACGCACGUUAUUGGUUAUAACCAAACAGGUUCAUAUUAACACAUUUAGUGGGUCACUGAUGGAAAGAAAAAAUAUUUACCCAUAUACAGUCUUGAUUUUUGUUUUUUUUGUGUGCUAGUGUACAAAAAUUGCUUUGUUUUUUUUUUUUUGGUAGUGGCUGUAUACCUCUGCAUUUUAGGAAAUCACAAUGCCUGAGCCAAACAUCUCUGUAACUGUUUGUUAACUGCUGUACCCAACAAAGCUAAGCAGCCAGUUUUGUGGCAAAAGGGGUGCACCAAUUUAUCAGUGGCAGAAAAGAGCAUUUUUUGGCAAAAUGCCGAAAUAAAAAAUUGCCGAAAAUAA